ACAACCUCUUCAAAGUUUUAUGUUUCUCUCCAUAAUAACAACAAGGACUGUUGGGUUAUCAUAGAUAACAAGGUGUAUGAUGUGACAAGUUAUUUAGAUGAUCAUCCAGGAGGAGAUGAUGUGCUCCUUGCUGUAACUGGAAAAGAUGCGAAGGAGGAGUUUGAAGAUGCUGGUCACAGUGCAGACGCCCGAAAGCUCAUGGAUGAGUACUUCAUUGGAGAAGUAGACCUCUCUGAAACUCUAGCUGAUCUCAACCCCACUGUGAAAUUAGAGCCUUCAAAUUUGGCUCAGGAGUUCAUGAACAAGGCCUCUCAGUACUGGUUCCUCCCUGUGGUGGUCGCUGGAGUUGCAGUAACUGUAGGCCUACUUCAUUUGAGGAAAAAAUCAUAGUGAUUCACCAAUGUUUUUUGUUCACUGAUAUGUUGCAGUACAAGGCACAUUCAUAUACAUAUUUUUAUUUUGAAAUUGAGUACCCAUUACAUGCUGAAAUUUUUUUUUUCAGCAUGUUUUUUGUUCACUUAACAUUUUGAAGUAAUAUACCCCCCUAUCCAACCUUCUCUUCAAC